GGGCGAUGAGGAGAGGCAGUCGUAGGAGGAAGAGCCCGUUGGCUGUACUGUGCGAGUGCUGGCGAGGUCCAUUAGGGGGCAGCGAGCGUCGCUGCCGCCUCCUCCUCAAAGCUCUCUCCGGGCAAGCGACGAGUCGGCCUGGCUGUGGUGGAGGCGGGCGGGGCCCAAAAGCCUGAAGGAGACUCGCUGGCAUUCGCCGCGGGAGAGACUCAACGCCCGACAAGGCCGGAGCCGAGGGAAGGGCCCCUCAGAGCCCGCGGGAGCGCCGCCCCCGCCUUCCAUGCGCAAGAUGCUGCUGGCCGCGCUCUCCCGUCUCCUGCAAGGCUCCGCUGCCCACAAGCCGGGAGCUGUUAGUGAGGCUGCUCGUGUGGUUGUCGCAGCUCGUAACUAUGCAGAUUUUGCAAAUGAGGCUUCGUUUGACAUUAAGAAAUAUGAUCUUCAUCGCUUGGAGGAAGGUCCACCCACUACAGCAAUUAUGACUCGAGAGCAAGGUCUGCAGUACUACAGGACUAUGCAGACUAUUCGGCGUAUGGAACUGAAAGCAGACCAGUUGUACAAACAGAAGAUUAUCCGUGGCUUCUGUCAUUUAUAUGAUGGUCAGGAGGCCUGCUGUGUUGGACUUGAGGCUGCCAUAAAUAAAACAGAUCAUUUGAUCACUGCUUACCGGGGUCAUGCCUUUACAUAUACACGUGGUGUUUCUGUUCGUGAAAUCCUUGCUGAGCUCACAGGUCGAAAAGGUGGAUGUGCCAAAGGCAAAGGAGGCUCUAUGCAUAUGUAUGCCAAAAACUUCUAUGGUGGUAAUGGUAUUGUUGGUGCCCAGGUUCCUUUGGGAGCUGGCAUUGCCUUAGCAUGCAAGUAUUUUGGCAAAGAUGAAAUCUGCCUGACAUUAUAUGGAGAUGGUGCUGCCAAUCAGGGUCAGAUAUUUGAAACAUUUAAUAUGGCAGCCUUGUGGAAGCUGCCAUGCGUUUUUAUCUGCGAGAACAACAGAUAUGGAAUGGGUACGUCGGUAGAAAGAGCUGCAGCCAGUACAGACUAUUAUAAAAGGGGAGACUUCAUUCCAGGAAUUAGAGUUGAUGGUAUGGAUGUUCUUGCUGUAAGGGAAGCAACAAAAUUUGCUGCUGACCAUUGCAGAUCCGGCAAAGGUCCUGUUGUGAUGGAGCUACAGACAUAUCGUUAUCAUGGACACAGUAUGAGUGAUCCUGGCAUCAGUUACCGUACAAGAGAAGAAAUUCAAGAAGUAAGAAGCAAAAGUGAUCCUAUUACUCUCCUCAAGGACAGAAUGGUGAACAACAACUUAGCUAAUGUGGAAGAGCUAAAGGAGAUUGAUGUGGAAGUAAGGAAGCACAUUGAAGAUGCAGCUCAGUUUGCUACAACGGAUCCAGAACCAUCUCUUGAAGAACUAGGCAAUUUCAUCUAUAGUAAUGAGCCACCUUUUGAGGUGCGUGGCGCAAAUCAGUGGAUUCGGUACAAAUCUGCUGGCUAAUUUGAGAGUUAUAAUUCUAGCAAUAAGUUAAAGGAUGGCUGUUGUACUUGGUUUAAUUCUUGCAUCUGUUCUGUGCGAUAGGAACCAGAUUAUUUGCUCAUUUACAUAUGAAAAGUGGCUUUAGCAGCAAAACAAACAGAGACUGAGCUGUUCAACAACAGAACUGAAUCAAGCAAUGUUUAUUAAUUUAUAUACAAGCUUGUCAUGGUCUGAAUUGCACUAUUUAUCAAAACUGUUUGGCAAAAGAGGAUGGAAUCUUUAUAUAGUGUAAAAUAAGUGGUAUAUUAAAGCUUCCGAACACAUA